AUGGCGAAAGAGAAGAAGAGCAAGAACAAGGAAACGCUCAAGAACCCCAAAGGCACACGCGACUGGUUCGGCGAUGAUGUCGUCCUCCUGAAGGCUAUUCGGCGCCAAAUCGAGACCGUGUUCGAGAAGUAUCGUGCGCAGGAGUUGGAUACGCCGGUCUUCGAGUUACAAGAGGUGUUAAAGGGCAAAUAUGGCGAAGACUCGAAAUUGAUCUACGACCUGCAGGAUCAGGGCGGGGAGCUGCUUUCAUUACGCUAUGAUAUGACCGUGCCGUUCGCCAGAUGGCUAGCUAUGAACCCAGACAUCGAGACUUCGAAGCGGUACGCGAUUGGCAAGGUCUACAGGAGAGAUCAACCGGCCAUAUCCAAGGGGCGCAUGCGGGAGUUUUGGCAAUGCGAUAUCGACUUUGCUGGCGAGACCGCACCCAUGUUCAACGACAGCGAGAUUAUCUCCUGCGUGGUCAAGAUUUUUGAGGCAUUGGAGUGGACCGGAUACACCAUCAAACUUAAUGACCGGAGAAUCCUGGACGGGCUCUUUGAAGUAAGCGGUGUUCCGGAGGACAAGUUGAGGACAAUAUCCAGCGCGGUCGACAAACUGGAUAAAAUGCCGUGGGAGGAGGUCAAGAAGGAAAUGGUAGAGCAGAAAGGUCUGGACGAGUCCGUCGCGGACAAGAUCCAGACGUACGUCACGAGGAAGGGCGGCAAAGAACUACUCGCGGAACUGCAGAGGGACGAGGCUCUCAUGAACAAUCCGAAGGCGAAGAAAGGGAUUGAAGAGAUGGAACUGCUGAUGCGGUAUUUACAGAGAUGGAAGGCUCUGGACAAAAUCUCUUUCGACCUCUCAUUAGCACGCGGUCUCGACUAUUACACGGGGGUCAUCUAUGAAGUUGUCACGGAGGGGUCUGCCGCCUCGACUGACGCUCCGGUAACCUCGAACGGCAGCGCGAACGGCGUUCCCAGGAGAGCAAAGGAGAAGAAGAAAGUCUCUGAAGACGAAGACAGGUCCGAUGAUCCUACGGUUGGUGUCGGCUCCGUUGCGGCUGGCGGUCGCUACGACAACCUCGUCGAACGCUUUAGGCCCGGUGCCAACAUGCCUUGUGUCGGCGUGAGCUUCGGCAUUGAUAGAAUAAUUGCCAUUACCAAGGCCAGAAUUGCGAAGGGCGAGCGCUUCAGCUACAUCAAGCCCAACAGAACCGAUGCUUAUAUCAUGGCAUUCGGCGGUUCCGGCUUCAGCGGUAUGUUCGAGGAGCGUAUCGACAUUUUGGCUGCUUUGAGGGAGGCAGGUCUUCGAGCAGAGACGUUCUCCAAGCAAAAGGCCAAAUUACAGAAGCAAUUUCAGCUCGCAGACCGCGCCGCGGCGCCCGUUGCGGUCAUUUUAGGUGAGGACGAGCAGGCACGGGGAGAGGUCAAGGUGAAGCAGAUGGGCCUUCCCGACGGUCACCCGGAAAAGGACGGUGUCCUUGUGAAAACAGAGGAGCUCGUCGCCAAAGUGCAAGCGGUGUUGGCACGGCUUGACCAGUAG